AGAGGCCGACUUUCCGAAAUGAAGAUCACCGACGUCAUGAUUUUACGAGUUCGUUGUUGUCUUGUGGUUCUUUCAGUUGUUUUGAACGCGGCAUUGAAAGUGCCAAACUACUGACACUACUUGCCGCGUUCAAAACAACUGGGAACUCGGAAAUCUCUGACUUAAGUGCGUUCAAAACAACUGGGAACUUGGAAUAAAACGACCUCCAACUGGGAAAAAUCGACUUGAACGGUCAUGCAACCCCAGGCCUCUUUAAAGAGCUCCGACCUCGUAUAUUUUUCCGAGUUCCCAGUUGUUUUGAUCGCGGGAACUGUAAUCGGUGUCUGACGUAUGAUGAACGCCGAUGUGCACGCCCCCCAUUCCAAUGCUUCCUGACAAAGAUGGCGGCGACCUUGUGUGGCAGGCUUUUAUCAAAACAGGGUAACGUAUCUCGUUUUUAUAAACACUUUAUCAAUAUAACUACAUGUCAAGUCAUGUUGUUGGAGCACACAGUGUACAGCUAACUUCGAAUAUGACUAAAAUGAGGCAAACUCAGUCACUUCAUAGCGCGCUAGGCUUCAUUAGUUAGCUACAUUGUAGAAAGUAGUACAUUGCUACAUUAAAACAAGCUAGUUACGUUGUAGAAACUACAUGGCUAGAAAUUGCAUGCUACAUUGUAGCAAGCAGAACAUUGCAACAACAACAGCCAUUCAAAAUACACCUGGACUCAAAUCUUGAAACUUCAUGCUUUUGCUUUUGGGUGGAAGGUUAUUACGGAAAGCUUGAUGUGCAAAAUGAUCUGUACACUAGAAAUGCAAAUCAGUUGAAUAGCCCUACUGCAAUGCAUCCUUUCUUUGAUGUCAAAUCUGAGCUAAGACCGUCAUUGUGCAAAGAUACAGUCACAUUGACAGAAAGAUGGGUUGUAAAAGACGGGUUGUAUUGAGUCACUUACACAUUAUACUGUAGUAUUGGUAUGUAUGCACAUGCACACACAAGUUAACACUUUUAUUCCAUGCAAUGCAGUUAUCAGGUUUUAUUGCCUGCAUAGAAAAAUAUCUUCAUUUCAGUCUGUUUAACAUCCUAUUAGUUUGGAAUAAUCCUUCUUUAUAAACCCAUUGUUAAUGUAACGUGUGUCUACAGGAUGGCUGCCCUUGACGCAGAGUGUCCGGCAUGGCUCUAAGGCAGUCACACGUCACAGGAAGCCCAUGCAUAUCCUCAAACAGAAGCUGAUGGCUGUCACUGAAUACAUUCCACCCAAACCUGCAGCUCCCCCUGGCGCUCUAACCCCCCGAGUCAAACCAGUUCAGGAGGUCAGUGAAGUCCAGUGCAUGUGUUUAUAACUCAAAAACAAGCACAAGCAACCCGUCAAUGUUCAUUGACGGGUUGCUUGUGGAGCGGCAGGUAGCUUAGUGGUUAAGAGCGUUGUGCCAGUAACCGAAAGGUCGCUGGUUCUAUUCCCCGAGCCGACUAGGUGACAAAUCUGCCGAUAUGCCCUUGAGCAAGGCACGUAACCCUAAUUGCUCCUGUCACUUAACCCUAAUUGCUCCUGUAAGUCGCUCUGGAUAAGAGCGUCUGCUAAAUGACCUAUUUAUUUAUUUAUUUAUUUUCAUGUGCAUACUGGAGCUGUCUUUUCAGAACCACACAAACACACACGGUUAGGAAUAGUAGUGAUGUGAGCUGGCCAGCUAUCGAGAUGUGGGCUAACUUAUGAAUCCUGCUUUAUUCACAGGAAAGUGGCCUGGUGUUGCUCUUGAAGAAGGAAUUGCAGACCAUGUUCCAGGACUGUAAGAUGAUCGCUGUGAUCCAAAACAACGCCACCAAUUCAGAGGAUAUGCUGCUUCUCAAGCACAGGCUCCACAAGCAUGGCAUCAAAAUCAAGUUUAUCCCCAACCAGGUAAUAUUGUAACUAUGAUGCAUAUUGUAUCGCCUAUUGUAUCUUGAAAUAUGUUAAUAUGAUGUUUUUGAUAUUGUUUAACCACAGGUGAUGAGGUCCUACCUGGCAGACAGCCCGUACGUUAACAUGGGGCCUCUAUUCAUCGGCCAGACAGUUCUAUUUGUUAGUAAAGAGCCAAAGGUGAAAGAAAUGCUUUUGAGUUUGAGGACCAGCCCCCAGAUGGUAUUAUUGGGUAAGUAAAGCCUAAGACUUUUUCAAUGUAAUCAGUAUAGCAAAACGUUAUUCCUUGACUUCAGUGAAGCAACUAUCAUACAAGCAAUUGUGUAAUCUCUUACUUUUCCUCCCACUGUUUCAGGGGCCUGUAUAGAGAAGAUAUUGCUGAGUCGGCAAGGGGUGUUGAACUAUGCCAAGCUGCCGUCAGUGACCGUGGUCCAGGGAGAGCUGGUGAGUGGCCUGACCAUGCUGACCUCGCAGACAGCCUCCAUGCUGCAGCGCCACCCCGCCCACCUCUCAUUGCUACUCCAGCAGUACCUCAAACAGCAGGCCCCCGCAGGCAGUACCAACGGUACCCCAGGGGAGAGCCCCCCCAAGGCAGAGGAGACUUCUUAGGUCUAGGAGAUUCAUCCCCGUGGGGGAGGGGAAGGAUGUUGGCAGCACUAUGGCUACUGGGUGUUCAUGUCUGCAGAUUUGAGGUCUGCCUCUGUGACCUGGAGGUCAUACGAUGUACAGUACAACAUGAACUGCUACAACACCUCUUGAGAGCAACUCUUGGAGAAAACAUGUUUUUGUUCAUUAUUGUGAUUACUGCUCAUGUUCUGUUCUAAGGCCUCUUUGACCGUAUAAAAAAUAAAUGAUAUCAAUGUUUAAAAUAUUGUAUUAGCCAAUGGCAAAUGUUUUAUUGUUGAUUUGAAAUGAUUGGUCCAAAAAACUCCACCAGUAAAUGCACCAACCUUCUUGGUUAAAGUAAGAGAUUGAGGUAAUCCUCUGCAUUGAUCCUUUUUGAAUAUAUGAACAUGGUGGUAAACAUUUGUAAAAGUCAGUACCAAUAGUCAUGCAUGCUCCAAUAGUAACGAGAAUCAGUCGAGCCAAAAAUAAACACAAGUGGUCUCGGAUAUCCUGAUAAAUGCUAAUCUGGGGAUUACCACAUGUUAAUCUUGGUCAAUUAGUCUAUUACAACUGCUGUUCUGGGUUUGUGGGAGAGAAACUACAUUAUUCAUCUCAAUUCAAUAUCAGUAUGUCACAGGGCAAGCCCUACAAU